GUGCAGUUUUCAAUUGUGUGCGUAAUUGCGUGACGGAAGUUCUGAAAAAUUUACAAAACUACGACAAUUCAAAUCGCAGUAAAGCAAUAAAUAUUAUAAAAUGGGUUCUAGAAACGAAUGUCGCAUUUAUGUUGGAAAUCUGCCGCCAGAUAUUCGCACCAAGGAUAUCCAAGAUCUUUUCCACAAGUUUGGCAAAGUAACAUUUGUCGAUUUGAAGAAUCGGCGUGGUCCGCCAUUUGCUUUUGUUGAAUUCGAAGACGCGCGAGAUGCCGAUGAUGCAGUUAAGGCUCGCGAUGGAUAUGACUAUGAUGGGUAUCGCCUUCGUGUUGAGUUUCCUCGCGGAGGCGGUCCAGGCAGCUAUCGCGGCAACAAUCGCAACGACCGCAGCCGCGAUGGUGGUGGAAGGAUGGGUGGCCGUGGACCACCAGCUAAACGUUCACAAUAUCGCGUAAUGGUGACGGGGCUGCCUGGAUCUGGUUCAUGGCAAGACCUUAAGGAUCACAUGCGUGAAGCGGGAGACGUUUGUUUUGCUGACACCUACAAGGAUGGCUCUGGAGUUGUAGAGUUCUUGCGUCACGAGGACAUGAAGUACGCCAUUAAGAAGCUGGACGAUUCUCGUUUCCGCUCACAUGAGGGAGAAGUCGCCUAUAUACGGGUGCGCGAAGACAGCGGUGAUAAUGAACGCGGUGGUGGGGGUGGCGGAGGAGGCGGUGGAAGCCGCGAUUAUCGUGAUAGGUCGCGUUCACGUUCGUUCUCAUCCCGACCACGUCGGCGCGGCACACCAACAUAUUCCCCAGUGCGUCGUCAAUCCUAUUCCAGGUCUCGCUCACGCUCUAAUUACUAAAUUAUACAAUCAUUAUCCAUUAAUCUAAAAAUUUCUUACGAGCAGGAAAAAUUAGGAAACACAAACUAUAACUAACUAUCAAGAACCAUCAAUUCCCGCCCCAUUAAUAAUUACACUUACUGUUUGUUUAAUUAUGCAAGAAAACUGAUUGUCAAGUGAUUGAUUGCUAGAUCAAGCAAUUAAUAAUCAAUAUACAACCUGAACUCAAGACUGGAGAAAUCCGUUGCGAAUUGAAAAUUAGGAAUGCAGGCAGCAGUAAUAUUUGCUUCACUUUUACUGCAAAGAAAAUUUUCUUAAAUUAUUCAAAUGCAUACAAAAAAUACAAAAACAUAUUUGACAAAUUUAAUUUAAAACAAUAAUUAUAAUUCUAGGGCAAACAUUGUAACAUUUGGUUGCAUAUUUUAUUAGAAUUUAUUUCCCUUCAAACUUAACAAAAAAGAAACCGCAUCUAAUAUUAAUAAAAUAUAUAUGUAAAACAAAUGAAAUGAAUAAGAAUCAGAACACAACAAUUUUUAUUGCGAACAAUUUUACAAAUUAUUAAUAUUUCAUUUUAUUUUCUUCUCUUCCCAAUUUUUGCGCGUUUAUGUUUGGAGUAUAAUGAGGAUUGUUGGAGAAGGAGGAAGGAUAAGGAUGAGGAUGAGGAGAAAGGAUAAUUUUGAUAAUGAUGAUGUGAAGUGUAAUGUGGAUUUGGAAAAAAAAUUGGUUGUGGUGUCAGGAUAUUUGGAAAGCGUAAAUUGUGUGUUAUAUAAAUAAUAUAUCAGGAAACAAAAGGAUUUGGAUAUUAGGAAUCAUAAAGGAUUCGGAUUUAGGCAUUAUAUUUCAUACUUACGCGAAUGCGAAUAAAAUGUAAAACGCUAGGACAACGUGGGAUACAAUUUCCCACUGCGCUCGAGCUGUAAACAUGAUGGACAUGCAUUGAUUGAGUGUAAUCUCCUUGCUCUUAAACUGUUUGGAAACCCUUCAGUGCGCCUCACUCGUUACAUCUUUUGGGUUUAUGUGUGUUUCGAUUUGGAUUAAAGUCGUUUUAAGUGGGUAUAAGAGAUUGUCAAUUAUUAAUUUGGACGAUAAUGAACCAGUGCACAUGGACAGGAUAUGCAAGGAUUUUGGAAACGCAUCCCUUCGUGCUUCUUCACUUCAGCAUUCGUUUUACAUCGGAUUAGGAACUAAAUUCGCAUUUCACUACAUUCACUUUGGAUACCGUUUACUCACAUACCUCACCAUGUUUCGUGGCCUUUGCGCCCAUAUUAAUGGAAUUUCCGCAUCAUCCAACGUUGUCUUGCGCCCAACGCUGGAUAGUGCCCGGUCCUUGUGAUCUUCCUCUAUCUCUGACUGUGGUAUGUUCGAAUUAUGCGACCUAGCAACUGUUUUGAGUUUUAUCUGUUUACCUUUUACAUAAUCAAAAUAUUUGAAAAUUUAACACUUGUCGUCUUAACUGAUGUUACAACCAACUUAUGGUGAAUUAGACGCUUAAUGUAUACUGUAUACUUAUAAGAAAUAUCUUAUAUAAAACAGUUACC